ACAUUCUUUGGCGCUUUCCCAGUUUUCCUAUCACCAGAUAUUUUCAUAAUCAAUUCUGUCGCAAGCAGAUCCAACACUAUCACCACCACCCUUCAAUAUAACUUCCACCCACAAUGUUUAUCAGGCUUCUCAUCGCUUUAUCUCUGGCUUCAUUACUCGUCCAAGGUGUCUUCCCCAAUUCCAAUGGCGAUUCACCAUCAUCUACCAAUUUGAGACCACGUUCUGUCAAUAGCGCUCACAGCGCUACGGCGUUAAAGUCUGAAUUUAGUGACAUCCAUGGCGAAAUUCGAAAUGCUUAUGGUCCAUUGGAGCGUGCAUGCAAGGAAAAUGACUUGAAGUCUGUCGUUGCGACAUUUGCUGGUUUCCAAAAGUCUUUCCAAGGCCUGGCCAACAGCUGCUCAAAGACAUACAAUCAAAACAGGAAAUCUCCGUCGAAAAUGGCAAGCGGCUUCGUCAAGAUAUUGGUCGAGUUCCAACCUCUUCUAAAAACGUUGAAAGCCCAUCCAUCUAUGCUGAAAGGCUGUUCAAACACUUUCCGAGGUUCGUCCACCAGCAUCAAUGCGAUGGUGUCUUUCCUCAAGGCUGGGAAAGCUGACUUGAAGUCAGAAGUCCGAAAUUCCGGCAAGGAUCUCGAUAUGGAACUCUUCGCGCAGUGUGGCUUCAGACUUAACACCUUUUAUUAAACCACUUUUCCCUCGCAUCCUAAGGAAUCCUCUCCGAAAUCGAUCUGAAAGUGGAUGCUUAUCACCCUUCCGAUGAUUCUCCUCCGUCAUGAUUU